AUAUUAUUAUGCUUACUUAAUGUUCUUGGUAGUAGCAACUGUUUCGAUUUUUGCUAUAAUGCUUUGUACAAGGGUAAGAAAAAAGUUUGAUGCCUCAAUGAGAAGUUUGCGCUUGGCCUAGCGUGAAAUAGUACAGCUAUUGGAAACUUUACUAAACUGACAAUGACAGGGUAUUUUUUCUUAGGUUGGAGAUUUCAAGGGAAUGUAUUUAAAAAAAUCGAAGUACAAAACGAAAUAGAAUGCAUCGUAAAAUGCUUUAAAGAGCCAUGUUGUCAAUCUCUAAACCACAGUAGAAGGUUAAGCCAAGGACGUUGGAGUCUGUGUGAAAUGUUACACAGUGUUCUAAAUGACAGCAGCCGACAAAAUUUAAGACAAAAUCGAUUUUAUGAUUAUGUUUUCUUCAACACACCGAUCAAAAUGUACAACAAAAGCUGCAAACUGCAACAGCCCCUCAACAAAAGUUACGAUUUGGUAUUUCCCAAUGCUCAUGUCGAGAACUUGAUUCUUCUCGAUAAUGUGAUGCCUAAUAUAUCAGAGAUGACAUUGGCAUUUUGGGUAAACACAGGUACAAGGCGAAGAAUGGCGCUGUUUUCUUAUGCUGUUCAGAACAGUCCUGACGAAUUCUUUGUAGGAUUUGACACAGAACGGGUCAUCAUUACAAUAAAGUCGUUGACAAAAGAAAACCUUCACAUUUAUCCAAUCUACGAUGGUUAUUGGCACCACCUGGUCAUCAUCCUCACUCUGAUGACUGAGAGGAUUUUUCUUGAUGGGGCUAUGAUUUCAAACGAAACUAUGGUGAACAAUUCAUUACUUUUACUACGCGGUGGAGGUGUUGUCGCUAUUGGUCAAAAACUUGAGUGCGAGAAUGCUGUUUUUGAUCCAAAUAUUUCGUUUGUUAGUAAAAUAAAUAAUUUAAAUUUAUGGAACUAUGACGUGACACGCAACACAUCAUGUACCAUCAAGGGGCUAAAACAUGAAUGUACUGUAGAGCCACAUAAACAAAUAAUUCAGUGGAGAGAUCUUCACAUUUUUUUGAGCGGAAAUGUUUCAAAAUCGUUAACAGUUGGUAAGUAAUGAUUGUUUC